AUUUAAUUCGCUGUGCAAAAGGAAAUGAACCAGGGUCAUGAAAAAAGGUCUCUUGUCUUGGGUUUAAAAGCUUCGACGACACACCUUUUACUCAAACUUCCCUUACCUCAGCGCCCCCCUCCCCCGUCCCCGGGGGAUUUACCCAUCUACUGUAUUAAUGGAUCACAAUUAAUUUUAUUGUUGUUUCUUGUUAAACCUUUUUAAGUUAAAAUCUUCAUUUUCUGAUGGCAAGGCGUGGAAAUUGCAUCCAGGAAUACGAAUGGAAGGUCCACUUUUGACUUUUGAAUGUAGGAAACGAUGUAAGCGUUCUGGCAGCCAUUUUCAUGGUGCCAGAUAUGGUCAGCCAUUUUCUCUCGAGUUUCCUCAUUUUGAGGUAAGUUUCUGCAACAUCGACAACAACAACUGAAAACAAAAACAAACAAACAAACAUUAUCUCUGCGGGUCUUAAGGCAAAUGACUGUGUAACAAAACAGAAAAUCGUUCUAUGUGCGGAUUUUAAUAAAGGACUUACUUGUUUUUAAUAAAACCUUCGGAGACUUCAAAUAAAGAACCUUUUUUUUUCAAGUUUACUGACAUAAAUCCAGACAUUGUCUUGUGACGUGUACGACCGACUAGUAACCUCCCGAAGGCAAACUGAACCUACAUAUAACAAAACUUUUCAUUGAAGGCACUUUACCUGGAAUCUUCCAAAUGCGACCAUCGCUCCUAGUAAGUCACUUGCGUAGUCCCUGUACGGCGUCUUUUCAGGCCCUCUCGGUCAAUGCAUUUCGGUGACCUAUCCGAGACGAACGGCCGGGAGACGCUUAGACGAUCGCGGAGUGCGCAUGCGUGCGCAUUUUUGCAUUUUUGAAAAGUUCCCACGUUCGACUGAAAUAAUCUAUAAAUAACUUUGCCCGUGAAUAUCCUUCGCUUAAAGAUCGGCACUAACCUGGUUUCUGUUAUCAAAGAACAAAAAUAUUACUUUGAAUCGGAAAGAAUACUACUGUAUAACGUGCAAGUAAUUUUUCUUUUAGUUCAUUUUCAAAUUAACCACUAAAAUGAUAUUUCUUUAUUGAAAAAAAGAUUUGAAACAGUAGUUUGUUGACAUUCUACCAAAUUUAGAGACCAAAUUCAACAGCCUGUCCGAUUAGUUUGAUAAGCUUCCAAAUCCAAAAAUAAAAUUACAUAAAAUAUUUCGAAGUGAAAUGAUAACGAGAAAUUUAUAGGAGCAAGCGAAAAUAGACAAACAGAAGAUAGCUUUUCAUAUCCAAUAAUAAAUGUAAACUUAUUUCUUUAGCUUACCUUUCGACUCGAUCAAAUAUUUUUUUUGCGACGCUGUUUUGCUUAGCCUACAAAUAGUUUUUGAAAUGAAAUAAAGCUCAAAUUAGUUUAAUGAGAUAAAUGAAAAAGAAAGGCCAAAGGACUUUCAACAAUGAAAACGUGCAUAGAAUAAAAAUGCUCGGUUUAAAUCUUUAUCCUCUGUACUCUCCAUGGCUGCUGGACAGCUCGCCCGCUUCCAAAAGCUCCGCCCCAAGUGAGACAAAAUGUCUCACUUCUCCUAGUUUGUCUAGGCCUCAAAAACUUUCUCGGACAACGUGACCCGAAACGCAUCGGCCGCGAAUAAUAAUGAGGCCUAGGGACUAGGCAAGUAAGUCACUAUAACUACUUUUUGGAAUUACUAUAGCUCUAACUCCCCUUGAUGUUAUCCUAUAAGCGAUAAAGAGGCCUAUUGCCCAACCGCUGAUAACACCGUGAGAGUUGUUUUUUCAUUACGACAUUUCAUUUCUAGAUCCAAUGUUCGCCGUAUGUACGCUCUUAGAGUUUCCAUACGGUAGUAUAACAGGCAAUUUUAGAGUCUUUUAGCGUAUUAUCACUGAGAUUUAAAUGAAGAUAUGAUCGUCGCAGUGAUAAUUGCAAUUUAAGCAAUGGCAAAUUAACCCGAAGAACAUUUCGGGACUUCAACAGGAUUAGAACCCAUCAUAUAUGAUGGCCUCUGCGUUGGCGCUGCGUUCCUCUUCCCACUGAGCUAUAAAGACCCAUACAUUGGGAGCAGGCCACAUUAAUAAUAAUAAUAAUAAUAAUAAUAAUAAUAAUAAUAAUAAUAAUAAUAAUAAUAAUAAUAAUAAUAAUAAUAAUAAUAAACCAGGAGACUCUCUCACCAUGGUGAUUUUCAGAGAGGUCCUGAAAAUAGAAAAUAGAAAAAGAUAAAAAGAAGCGUAAAACGAUAAAAAGCCACAAAAAAUGCCCACACUAAAAACCAAAAUGAUCACAAAGAACUAUUAAAAAGAUUAUAAUAGGGCUUAAAAGUCACAAAGUUAUUUGAUUUUCUUAAAAGUUAUAAAACUGUUCAGAGUUUCAACAUUGAAAAUAAUUAUAAAAAUUACGCUUAAAAGACUCGAGGUUUGUUGAGUUCAUCUUAACCUGUGAAUGGAAUGAACAUGGAAUGAAUCAUCAUGAACUCAAAAAUUGGCGAGCCUGCUCCCAAUGUAUGGGUCUCCAUAACUCAGUUGGCAGAGUACUGCAACGCUAACGCAAAGGUCAUGGGUUCGAAUCCAGUUGAAGUCACGAUUUUUUGUUCAGUUUAAAUUACAAUUGCUCAAAUUGCAAUUACAGUACCACUUUGACAAUCAUAUCUUCAUUUACAUUUCCACAGUUCACAUCAUCUUCAUCACUGAAAUUGUAGGUAAAAAGAAUAUCCUUAAAGUAAGAGGAUCUGCCAGACCAGUUAGAGACUUCCCGUGGUCCGACUCUUGUUAGCGACCACCUCCAGAACCAGAGGGCGACCACAAAAUCUUGGCAGUUGAAUUGGAUUGUCGAAUACGGAGGGUUCCAUGCACGGCAACCAUAAAGGGUAGCUUCCUUAGCUGUAAGAAUACAAUACUGGUGUCUAUGAAAGCGCUUUACCUGAUAAACCACUGUGAGAGUUUGACAUCUUCCUAUGCUAUGAAAACCCAGAGCUGAUUUAUUACUUUUAAGUCAUAAAAAUACGAGUCGGUGCAAGUGGAACGUAACACAGACAAAGCAAGACUCGCGUGGAAGUUAUUUCUUUGAAUUUCAACUAUAUGUAAUCUGUUGGUUCUUUUAUAUUUUCUUUAUGGUCGAUAACUCCUUAACGUGUCGAUUCUCCCAGUUUCGGGCAAAUCUGUUUGUAAAAUGUUUUCUUUCACCUUUUCAAAACAGGUGGUGGUUCUAGAAACCGGAAGAAAGAGGUGGUUGGGGAUAGGCAUUGUGAAUGAAGGGUACAAUGACAGUAAAAUGCCUGGAUGGAUCGAAGAAUCUGUUGGCUACCAUACGGAUGAUGGGAACAUCUUCCACAAUGCAGAUAAUCCUGAUACCGCCAUAAUAACUGAGGGUAGGAAACCCUGUGAGCAACAUACUACCGCCCGGUUAGCUCUGUUGUCAGAGCACCGGUCUGCCCAUCCUCGGAGACCCAGGGGUAGUCAGUCGAGUCGGGAGAAAAGGUGGGACGAAAGUUUUCAAGUAAGGGCGGAAGAGCCCCAGGGUACCUACUCUCACAAGACCAUUUCCAAAAAUUCAACCGGAUGCCGGCUCCUAAUUGGGCACAAAAAAUGCUUUGUAUUAUUGUGCCCAAUCUUUUCCUGUGUUCGUACUUGACGGCUAUUGUCUCGAUCACGGCUUGUCUGGCUCAUGCUCCAAAGAAAUGCACGCAGUCAGGAAACUUUCAGUUUGAUAUAAAAUCCCCAUCUGAUUUCAAAAUAUAUACUGUCUGCUCGAAAACUAUAUAAAGACGCUUUUCCAAAAAUACAAGCUUCAGCAUACAACAGGUAUUCCUAUUUUUUCAGUAUUUAUGGUGAUGAUUCCAACUCGCUUACUUUGUCAAAUGCAAGUGAACUCUUCUGGAGCUGAAUUUCUGUCAACCAUAGCCAAGUUCAUGAAGAGAAUGAAUUAUGUCAUGGCUUAUUUACGUCCUUCACAAAACGUGAAAUCAAGCAUUUUCAUGGGUAGUCGUGUCGUUGACGGCAAAGAAGUGUACAAAAAAGCGUGAUACACGUGCGAGGUUGUUGUUCUGCCUUGUCAAGCUAUUGCUUAUUUGACUUUCUCGUCGCCGCCGCAUCUUAAACUUCCUAUUAUUUACGAUACAUUGUGAUCCGUCAAAAACAGAAUAUUCUCGGGGCAAAUUCAAUUGGUCCUGCACAUAGCAUCCCAACGUUUUUUCGACUCAUCGAUCGGUAGUUCAUUCAAUUCGUUUCUGGUUAGGAAAGUAGAAAAUAAAAGUUUCCCUUGCACGCACAAGCUUGGUGAACGAACCGGGCAAGUGUGGCGAGACAAUAGCCGUCGUGUACGAACUCACGAAAACAACUCAGGAGAAACUGUUCACCGAUUGGGCACAAUAAUACACAGCUUUUUUUGUGCCCAAUCAGGAGCAGGCAUCCGCUCGAAUUUUUGGAAAUAGUUUGGUAAGAGUCGGUACCCAGGGGUUCUUUCGCCUGUACUUAAAAACUUUCGUCCCGCCUUUUCUCCCGACCUGACUGACUGCCUUUGGGUCUCUGAGGAUGCGGCCUGCCGAGCGAGAUGUCGUCGGUUCAAACCCCGCACUACUGUUGGAAAUGAGUAGGGGAAGUUUCCUCGGUGAUGUGAUGGGUGGGUUACCGUAAGCUCAUAAAAGGCCUGAUAGCGGCUGCCACUGGCGCCCUAGUAUGCUGACGUCCGAGCUUAUUGUUAACAUGUUAACAUAUAAUGUAAUUAAAGAGGGCCCGUCUUGUUAUCCUCUAAUCCACGACAAUACACACUACACAUAUAACUUUUGAAGGGCACAAAAACAUACACCGUCUUGACGUGGUUCUUAGUGACGUUACCCACCUCAAGGUGUGCAGAAACUUGACAAUGUAUAUGUGCGACCACCACUCGUAAGCGACCACAACCCAGUAAGCCACCAUCUGUCCAAAAUACCAAAAAGCGUUUCAUUCAAGGCCUUUAAGCUGGAACCUGGCGUAAGCGACUGCGUUUACUUUUUGCGAUGACGGUUAAAUAAUUUACCAUUAUUUUCAAGCUCUUGUAAGCGAACGCUUGACUCAGGAUCUGUUCUCCAUUUUCGUUGUAUGUACUACGCUACGACAAAGAAUACAAAGACCUUUUGGUGACAAAUGGACUACACACAUCUUAACUUAGGAAACGCAUGCAAUAAAUUUGUCCCAGUUUUAGAUUUAUCCCUCCUUGUGGUUCUCUUCUCGUAGGCUACCACCAAGGCGGAUCCACCAUGACCACCACCUCCCGUAAGCGACCACGAAAUCUUCGGAUUUUGGUUUGAUCGCUCACAGGAGGCUCGACUGUAAUCGAAGUAUUUGCAUUUGAGUUACCUCACGGCCUCGUUUGAAUUAGUUUGUAUUGUUUUUUAAUUGGCAGUAGCCUAGUGUUUUUAUGUUAGUAGGAAACUCUUGCCAGAUUUUGGUUAUGGCAAACUUAAAUGUGUGCUUGCCAUAAUUUAACCCCUACCCGGUAUAGUACAGUAUGAACAGAGACGGCACAGAACUGGAACAAAUCAUUCACACACAUCGAACAUCGUACCGGAGCGGUUUGUCGAGAGGGGCUUGGGUCUCUUUCUCUCUCCUCACUCAUGAAUAUUUACUUCCGUCUCAGUGGGUUCCAGUCCUCUUUCCUACUUAUUCACUUCCGCUACCGUCCGAAAACCCGUUCACUACACCAAACAAAACAAUAACCAGAACAAUCUUUAUUUGUACUCACUCUUGCUCAAAAAUAAAUUACGACAAUGAAAAUAUUAAAAGUAAAAUUAGAGUACUGGCUGCCUGGAAUAACCAUGGGGGCUAGCGGAGCCAGGUAGCCAGUUGAUUUCAGCAUUGAAUAAAAUUAAAUUACAGGUCAGCAAGAAAACUGAAGCACAUCUUUCUUGGUGACGGCUGACCCGACAUGUGACGCUCCACUUUCCACAAAAAUUUCCCCGAAAUUACCGAUCUCAUGCGCGGUUUUCUCCUCGGCACAAGAGCUACCUAGAAGCAAGAGCAAGCAAAAGCUAGUAAAAAUCCAAAAAGAAAAUUGACAACAAAUUAAUCACAGAGUUUUUAGAGACAAUUGGAAUUUAAUUUCGGGAAAAUUAAUAUUUUUAUUAAAUAUUUCCACAUGAAAGUUCGUGUAUUAAAUCGUAUGUAUUUCAUUUGUCAUGUCAGGUCCUGCUAUGGCUCGCCGAGGUGAUCGCAUUCGCGUCACAGUUUUGUUUCAGAAAAAGCGAGAUGCAGACGGCAAAAUUCCAGUUUUCUUUACACUUAAUGGCAGUGAGAUAAUUUUGCAACGCGGAGAGAGCCCGGAAAGCAGCCUUAUUUUCAUGGACUUUAAAGAACCCUUGUUCCCUUUCAUUGGUAUGACCGAAGGUAGCAGUGUGUUGGCCAAGGUAAGGACUCUAUUUCGAUCUAUUUAAUCUACCUUUUAUAUUUAUUUAUUAUUCUUCGGGUAUAGAACCUUUUAUGCAAGAAUUUUUAACGCAUCGACUAAAAUUUGUAUUACNAGUACUGGCUGCCUGGAAUAACCAUGGGGGCUAGCGGAGCCAGGUAGCCAGUUGAUUUCAGCAUUGAAUAAAAUUAAAUUACAGGUCAGCAAGAAAACUGAAGCACAUCUUUCUUGGUGACGGCUGACCCGACAUGUGACGCUCCACUUUCCACAAAAAUUUCCCCGAAAUUACCGAUCUCAUGCGCGGUUUUCUCCUCGGCACAAGAGCUACCUAGAAGCAAGAGCAAGCAAAAGCUAGUAAAAAUCCAAAAAGAAAAUUGACAACAAAUUAAUCACAGAGUUUUUAGAGACAAUUGGAAUUUAAUUUCGGGAAAAUUAAUAUUUUUAUUAAAUAUUUCCACAUGAAAGUUCGUGUAUUAAAUCGUAUGUAUUUCAUUUGUCAUGUCAGGUCCUGCUAUGGCUCGCCGAGGUGAUCGCAUUCGCGUCACAGUUUUGUUUCAGAAAAAGCGAGAUGCAGACGGCAAAAUUCCAGUUUUCUUUACACUUAAUGGCAGUGAGAUAAUUUUGCAACGCGGAGAGAGCCCGGAAAGCAGCCUUAUUUUCAUGGACUUUAAAGAACCCUUGUUCCCUUUCAUUGGUAUGACCGAAGGUAGCAGUGUGUUGGCCAAGGUAAGGACUCUAUUUCGAUCUAUUUAAUCUACCUUUUAUAUUUAUUUAUUAUUCUUCGGGUAUAGAACCUUUUAUGCAAGAAUUUUUAACGCAUCGACUAAAAUUUGUAUUACAUAACCCUCAAAAAGUAAUUCAUCUUUAGACCAUUUCCGAGUUGUCCCAAUCCUCGCUUUCAAAGCGAGGUUAAGCUGCGAUGUGUUGGGAAAUGACACUUCAAAUAAUUUUUGAUUUUCAUACGAAUAAAACUCGCUGUAACACGAAAGGUUUUGCACUUGGAUUUAUUUUGAAACUGAGGGUUUCUGGAUUUGGGAAAAAGCCUCAGAUUGAGGUGCCUCUGGCUAAACCCGUAUAUGAUCAUACUUAAGGAUAAUAAUUUAUCAAAGUUGAGCUGAGAUGAGAAGAUGGUUAUGAUACACUCAAGAUUCGUAGGAACCAUGAUUUUAAACAGGCCUUUAAUUCGUACUAAUCAUUUUAAGUAUCGCUUUUUUAAUCGUUACGUCAGUGUAUGGAAUUCUCUCCCAUCUAAUGUUAUCUGUGAAUCGAGUCUUAAUUCUUUCAAAGUCUCCCUUUUAAGUUAAUGCGCUCAAAAAAGUAUUAAUAGAAGAGAAACGUAGGGUCUCAAGAUGUGUAGAAGGCCUAAAUGUAAUAAACGACCCUAAAUGUAAUAAAUUCCUAAAUGAAAUGAAGUCCUAAAUGAAAUAACAUUUUGCACUAAAUGAAACGAAGUCCUAAAUGUAAUAAGAUUUGGGGUUAAAUGUAAUGAGCUCUUUAAGGGUGGUAACAUUAGGCCUUAAAUGUAGUGACCUCAUGCUAACGUCAUCAGUGACGUUAAUAACACUUCAUUAAAGGCUCUGUGUCACGACUGUCUAUUUCAUUUUGUUACUUUUGCUAAUUACCAUAUUUGCUCGAAUAAACGCCGCCCCGUUUAAGUGCCGCCCUCCAAUAAGUAUCGCCCCUGCGCCGCGACGCUGAAAAAUUCAAAUCAAUCAAAAGUCGUUACUUCUGUUAGUUUUAAAAUUCGGAAAAUAAUAAUUUAAUACCUUAGUUAAUACAAUUCUUAGCGCUGCACUUAAUAAGCCGAUGAUAACCAAGCCAAUUAUUUAUUUAAAGGAGUAAUCAAAAUAACAGUAAGAACUAUCGCAAAUUGUUUGAAACAUAAAAAGAAUCGCUCAAAACAUUAUAAGAAGGUAUUCUUAACACAGGGAAUACAAACGUAGGUAUGGGUGGACAAACUUGAAGACAAUUGAAACGGGUUGAAAUUGUAAGUUUUGAAAACUUGUUAGCCUAACAAUUUUCAUAGUUCAUUUUUUGUUGUUUGUAAUGUUUCCUAUAGUGCUUGGUUAGUAUAUUUACUUGAAGGAAACUGUUAUUUUUUUCGUUUUUAAGUAAUUUAUUUGUUAACGUUAAGUUCAAUACUACAUAAGGAAACGUACCGUAUUUACUUGAAUAAGCACCGCGACGCUUAUUAAAUUUUUCACGCCUCAAGUACUCAAGGAAUUGUAUUAUUUACGGUGUUAUUAUUUUUCGUACUAAACUGACAAAAUAAGCGUCAUUUGAUUUUGAUUACAUCAGGGCCGCGGCGCUUAAUCGGGGACGACGCUUAUUCGAUUAAAACGGUAAUUGGCAACAUUAACAAAAUGAACACAGCUCCUUUCAUGAAGAGUAACUUACGUCAUUGAUGACGUUAGCAUAACGUCAGUGCAUCAAAGGCCUACUCAACAGUUUAUUACAUUUAAGGCCAAAUGUUAUUACAUUUACGAAUUUAUUACGUUUACGGCAAAAUGUUAUCACCUUUAGGCUUUUAUACUUAGGGUCGAUUUUUAUAUUUAGGCCUUCUACACCUGUAGAGGUCAGUCUCACGACCAGCUCACAUGUAACAAUUAACUGCAAGAUUGGAAAUCUUAAGGUGAUGAUAAAACAUUUCAGCUGGCAUUUUGCAUUUCUUACCAGGUGUAAGCUUUCUUGUAUCAUUAAUCGGUUGUUUUCAGAUGCAUGCCUCGGAGGAAGAACUUCAAGAAAGUGUAGAGGACAUUGUUAGCAGGGAAGUUAGAAAAGCGACGAACCGUUUGGAAGAAAAACUGGAUACUUUGUUGCAGAAGCUCGAUGAAAAGGGAAAGUGA